AUUAGUACUGUAAUUACUUUUCCCAAGCAAUGAAAUUUUGAUGACUGAGUGACUAAAACAAAACAACACCACCACCAUUGAUAUUCAUUCAUUCAUUCAUACAUCUUCCACCGUCAUCGUCUCUGAAAGUUCCUUAAUCCUACUCCUAAACACCAUUAUCCCACAAUAACAACACUCCUAAACACAAUAUUAACACUUUUAAUUAAUACUACUAUACUAGUAUUAUUAUCACUACAUUUCCACCAACACUUACUAUUUCAGGUGAAUUAGGGUUACUACUACAUCAACAUUCUCUUUGAAAAUUCCACUCGCAGCAUUCUUCAACAAAAUGAUUCCAACUCGUUCUUCAUCUCAGAAUCAUAACAAGAAGAUGAAACCAAUAACAUCAACAACAAAACCGCCGAGUCCUUUACGGAGAUCUGAGAGAAAUCGGAACGUUUCAUCUUCUUCUACUUCUAUCAAUAAUCAUUCACCUGUUGCUUCUAGAACUCCUGUUUCUAAGAGACACGUGUCGCCUAAAGAGAAGAAUAAUCCUCCUGAUGAAGAAAAAGAUGCGGAAGUUUCGUUGAAUCGGAAAGUUAAGAAAAUGGAUGCUCGUGUUUAUCGACGAAUUUUAACUCGAAAGAGAAGCAAAGAAUGCCAAAAGGAGAUAAAUAAUGAAGAUAGGUCGACUCCAGAAGAUAGCAACGUGGGUGGUGGCAAGACUGAUGAGAACUUGAAGGAGACUAGUUUACACUGUAAAGAAGUUUUUGAGGAUUGUAAUCUUUCAGCUGAAGAUGCCAAAGCUACAAAUAUGAGUGCGGAGUCUAGGUCGAGUGGGUCUGUGAAAGAAUUAUUAGAAAAUAACAAUGCGACUAUAAAACCAAUGGUGGUACCAUCUAAUUCCAGUACUCACGAGACUAGUGGGAUACCUGAAAAAGUUGAAGAGGAGACAUCGCAAAUGUUAGCAACUAUGGAUUCAGAUUCAAAUGAAAGUUUGAUUAGGAGAUGUGUUGGAAAUGAUAAGGGUGGAAAUUUAACACCUUCUAAAAGAAAAAGCACAGUGGUGGAUAAGUGUUCUGAUGUUUCUGCUACAUUGGCUGAUGAUGACAACUGCAACUUAAUUGUGGAUGCCAACCCUGAAAGGCUAGUGACCAGUAGGCCUACAAAAAGGAUAAGGGGGAUCAAUAAUGUUGACACUGCUUCAAAAUCUAAUGAUGAAAAGUCAUGUAUCAGAAACAAGGAAGGAAAAUCAGGAGAUUCAGUGGAGAAACCUCAAGGGAACAAUGUUGAAACUGAGAAAAUAAGGAAACAGCAGAAAAGCUUACAUCUUUCACUGAAGCCGGAGAUAGCAAAGCUCUGUGAAAUUCUUCGUCUCCCAGAUAAUGUCAAGAGUAUGGUUGGGAAAUUUCUUGAAUUUACCAUGAACAAUUACAAGAUCUGUACAGAACCAGUAUCAAUAUUACAAGCUUUUCAAUUAUCUCUGUGUUGGACUGCUGCUUCUUUGCUAAGGCACAAAUUUGACACUGCAGCUUCCCUCAUUCUUGCAAAGCAGCACUUGAAUUUUGACUGUAAGAAAGACACGGUUGAUGAAAUUAAUGCAAUGCUGUGGGAUCUGAAGGACAAGUUUUUAGUAACCACAGAAAACACUAAUGUCAAUUGCUCUCCAAAGGCUUCUGAAUCAUCAAAUAGGACUCAUUCAAACACAGAUAUAACAUCAGAUGUUGAAAUGACCAAAACAGAUAUUUCCAGAAUUUCCAGAAAUAUUAAAGUAAGUCAGAAGGACAAAGACCAAUGGAGAAAGCUACGUCGUAUGCAUCAGGAAAAUAAACGUAAUUUGAAAAAAGAUUUGAACAAGGAAAUAGCUGAAUUUGAAACAGGGCGCCAAAUAGAGUGGAAUGCUAUCGUCAAACCCUCUAUGAAAAAGGAAGAGAUGAUAAAAAAAAGAGAGAUACAACUAGAAUUUAGAAGUAAGUUUACUACUGGAAUUGCAAAAUUGAAAAGUAAGUAUGAUGAACGUCUUAAGGAUCUUGAGACCAAAUAUUUAGAAGCACAGCAGAAAUUCCUAGAGUCAUCUGCACCAGAUGAAUUGUCAAACCUAGUUUCUCCAAAGGAACUCGAAACACCCAAUAAUGAUCCAAAAGUCCUUCUGUCGGAUGAAGUGCCAGAAACUAGUCGUGAACGGGCCACUGCCAGUGAAUUGAGUAGGGAGGUGGCUGUUGGAUUUCCCAGCACAGUCAGUAAUGAUUAUCCAGAGAAUGCAGCUCCUUUGAAUUCUUCAUCCACAGAUCAAAUAUCUGAUGGAGGUUUAGAUGGGGUUGUAUCAUCAAGGUCCUGUAGUUCUUCUAGUCCAAGUAAUAGUCGUCCAGCUACAAUUUACCUUUUGAAGUCACCUUCAACUCAACAAGUUCCUGACAGAGUCUUGCCGACCGUAACUGAUGGACAAAUACCAGUCACAGUACCAGAAUUGAGUAGAGAGGCAGCUGUGGGAUUUCCCAGCACAGUUAGAAGUACCGAUUGUCCAGACAAUGGAGCUCCUCUGAAUUCUUCAUCAACAGAUCAAAUAUUUUAUGUAGGUUUAGAUGGGGUUGUAUCAUCAACUCCUUGUAGCUCUUCUAGUCCAAGCAAUGGCCGGCCAGCUACAAUUUCCUUUUUGAAUUCACCUUCUUCAACUCAACAAGUUCCUGGCAGAGUGUUGCCAGCCAUAACUGAUGGACAAAUACCAGUCACAGUGCCAGAAAAUAGCUCUGUAGAGGCUGAAUGUCAAUUAGGAGACAAUGUGGUAGUGAAUGAGAGUACUAAAUCAGACUACCAGGAAGUAGCACAUAGAACUAUGACAGAAAACACUUUGUCCCAGGAGACUCCGGUAUCUAUACCAGUGGAUCCAAUUGAGCCUCAAGAACAAGUGCAGGUGCAGCCAUUAUCAUCUGUAGAGUCAUUGCCUAGUCCAGUUUGUACUUUACCUGCUAAUCAAUCCAACCAUGUUUCAAUGGUCAUGGAGCCUCCAGACCAGGUUCGGCAAUUACAUUCUUCAGGGAUCCUUUCUUCCAACCUGGAUUCCUCUAACUUACCUUCGGUGACUGGAGGUGAACACCGGGCAGCGACCAAUGAAGAUGCUCUCUCCAGCCAGAUUCCCGAGGCAUCAACUGAGGUUCAAAAUCAAGCCGUUGAGAAACCUGCCUCGAAUUUGGAAAUUGAUUCACAUUCACUUCAAGUUGUGCCUCCAGUCUCAAACAUGGUCCUUGAUUCCCUUGUGCCUGGUGGAGUCAGAGCCCAAUCAUCAGACACAAGAAAUAUGUCAACUCACAGAGUUAUCAAUAGUCAUCCUAUUCAAACUCCAGCACAAUCAGCUUCGAGGAAUGUUCAGCCGUUCUUCUAUGAUCCACUUAAUUAUGAAUUGGCAAGAAUACGUAAACUGAUGGAGCAAAAUAUGAAAAACCUUGAAGAUGAGAAAUUACAGCUGAAACGUAAUUAUGAGAAGGAAUUUGAGGAACUUCGCAGGAAGUAUGAUAUUCAGAGGAAGGAGAUUGAGGUUAAAUUUCAGGAAGAAGGGAAGAACUAUGAUACACAAUAUAAAACAGUUUAUUUACAUAAGAUAUUGGCCGAAACUGUUAUAAAGGCUAAUUUUGAUCCUAGGUUUUCUGGUGCAUCGGGAAUGCUGCAAGGUAUACUCCCUUAUGAUCCAGGAUAUUCACAGCAUUUAUUUCAGCCUUCAAGACAGCCAAAUGCUACUUGGCCCUCUCCAGUUUCUAGUCAAUAUUGCCGUGGACCUCCGGCAACCAAUUUCCAGAAUUCACAUGCUUCAACUGGCUCUCACACUAUGGUACGGCCACCUAUACCGGCCUCUUACAAUACAUCAAGAAGUUUCGGUGGUUUUUCUGCAAGACGACCACCUAUGAACUCCAUCUCUUCACCCUCAGGAAAUCUUCAAGCUGGUGGGGAGAUACGUGCCCGUCCACUGCAUGUCACGCCUUAUAGAUCCUCAACAUCUGUACCAGCCUCCAAUCUCAGUAGGGAGUUCCGUGCUCCUCAACCGCAUCUCUCGCCUUAUAGACCCUCAACAUCUGGACCAGCCUCCGGUCUUAGUGGGGAGAUACGCACCCCCGCACCUCAUCUUUUGCCUUGUAGACCCUCAACAUUUGUACCACCCUCUAGUCUCGGUGAAGUUCCACAUGGUAUGCCAAGUCAACCAGCACCUGGUAACUCACAGUGGUUUCCCGGACCAUUGCCGGCAAUCUCUCAGUUUGGUCCUUAUAGGGCACAUGGCCAUUCGAACACGGGUGGGUUCCCCACUCCUACCGUAUCUGCUAUGGAUAUGCACAUGAGUGCUAAUAGUCAAUCUAGCAUUAAUCUGCCAAAUACUCAGCAACGUACGUCAGAUUUGGCUUCUUUGAAUCAUUCUCAAGUUGGCACAAGUAGCAGCAUGCCGGCUACCUCGGUCCAAGAAGCUACACCUUCUGAUGUUGUCUGUUUAUCAGAUGAUGAAUGACCAGAGAAAGUGUUCAUACAUCAUACAUUUUUGCAUAGUUGUCCUAACACAUAGGCAAUGAUACAAGCUCCUUUUGCCGCCAGUUUAAGCGGGCUUCUGACUUCAAUUUAGGACAGAACUUUGAUAAUGGUGAUACCAUAUGUACAUAUAUAUGGAAUGUAAUUAAGUACAUGGUUAUCUUUGGGAUUGCAAUUAAUGGCUGUUAAAUGAAAUAGUAUUUUCAUAUCAAUUGUAGCCUGUAGGGAAGAGGCAUCUUAACCA